AUGGUGGAACCAACCGAUUCUGAGAAUGAACAAAGCAAGAAUGCGCCCGUAUUAUUUUCGAACGAAUGGUCCAUCUACAGGGUUCCCAGCCAACUCCGCAAUGUAGAUGAAGCAGCGUACACUCCUCAAACACUUUCAAUAGGACCUUUCCACCAUGGAAAUCCAAAAUUGAGGGACAUGGAGGCUCAUAAGAAGAUAUGCUAUGAGAGGUUUCGCAAUCGUACUUUGAAGACUGAGGAGGAGCUAAGGAUCUUCAUGAUGGAUCAGCAAAAAAGAAUUCUAGAUUGUUAUGCAGGUACCUUUAAAUGUGACAUCGACUUUUUGAACGUCAUCCUAGUUGACGCUUGCUUCAUUAUUGAACUCUUUUUGAGUAAUUCUGAACAAGAACAUCAUAAUGCAAAUUACUAUAUAAUGAGAUCACCGUGGCUGAGGAAAUCUGUGGAGAGGGACCUAAUACUGUUUGAAAAUCAGCUUCCUUAUUUUCUUCUUCAAGAGCUAUAUGACUUCGCCACACCUAUCUUUUCCGAUGGCCAUUCUGGCAAUGGAUACCAAUCACAAGGACAUGCCCAUAACGAAAGCACCAGAAGUCAGCAGUGCUGCUUCCGUUGCUUCCGUCCCGGUGAUUUGCAAGAGAACUCCAUCCAAUCUGAACCUUUCCAGCAUCGCUUUCUUGAGCUUGCCUGCAAGUUCUUUAAGGAAUACAGUAAGGGAAAAUCUGUCAGGAAUAGAUUUAAGCCGAAACACUUCACUGAUUUGGUUAGACACUUUCUUUGUCCAUACAAGGAACUGUCGUGGGUAGAAAAUUAUGAUGACCCUGUCAAAAUUAAAUACAAUGCAAGAAAGCUGAAGGCUGCAGGAGUGAAGUUUAUGCCACUUAGAGAACCUUUUGUUAUAAAGGAAGACCCUAAGUUGACGUUAAUUAACUUAGCAUGUUCAAUGCAUAAGGAAAUGAAGCUUACAAGACUUUGGGCAGAGUAUGAGGCAGUAGGCAUUUUCCGAAACACCAUGGCCUUGGAACAGCUUAUAUAUCCAAACAAUCCUUAUAUUUGCGGGUAA